AUGGACCAGAACUCAAGAAGACGACCCAAAACCAUCCUCGACACCUGCGGCGAGGAAAUCGUAAGAAUCAUAACACCCGUCUCGAUUUGCAUGCUCACCGUCGUUAUCCUCGUGUCCAUUCUCAACGGCGAUGCGUCAUCCAUCUCAGACGGCGGCGGUUCGUCGAUCACCACCAUGGCCACCGUGGUCUACUCCGAGAACAGCUCCGACUCCAUCUGGGACAAGCUCAAAGGUGCCCUUUUGAACUCGCUCGUCUUCGUGGUCGUCGUCACGCUCGUCACUUUCCUAUUGGUCCUCCUGUUCUACUUCAGGUGCACCAGGUUCCUGAAAUACUACAUGGGUUUCUCCGCAUUUCUCGUCCUGGGUUUCAUGGGGGCUGAGAUUGCCCUUUUCCUGAUCCAAGAUUUUAGCUUUCCGGUCGAUUGUGUUACUUUCGCUGUGUUGUGGUUUAAUUUCACGGUUACUGGUGUUCUAGCCGUGCUCAUGUCGAAAAUGGCUCUUUUUGUCACUCAAUCUUACCUUGUUGUGAUUGGUGUGCUGGUUGCUUACUGGUUCACCCUUUUGCCUGAAUGGACCACUUGGGUACUUCUGGUGGCCAUGGCAUUGUACGAUCUUGCCGCUGUUUUGCUGCCCGGUGGGCCCCUCAGGCUCCUGGUCGAGCUCGCGAUAUCUAGGGAUGAAGAGAUUCCUGCUCUGGUUUACGAGGCUCGGCCUGUUAUCCACGAUUAUGGGCCGACCAGUGACGUGGUUCGAAGAAGGGUGUGGAGAGAGGAAAUGAGCCAUUUGGGCGAAAAUCGAAAUUCAGAAAACGAGACUAAUUUUGUGAAUGUCGAGGAGGGUCGGGUAAUGACUGUGGAGAACGAGCUCAAUGCCCCACUUAUUCAACGUGUGGUGGAUAAUGUACGUUUGAAUUUUGUGGAGAAUAGUGUCUCGAGCAAUGAUCUUGUUCUUGAAGGAAUUGGUUUGGGUUCGUCUGGUGCGAUUAAGCUUGGAUUGGGGGACUUCAUUUUCUACAGCGUGUUAGUUGGUCGAGCGGCUAUGUACGAUUUCAUGACGGUCUACGCGUGCUACCUCGCGAUUAUAGCUGGCCUCGGAGUAACUCUUUUGCUUCUCGCGUUUUACCGUAAGGCUUUGCCUGCACUUCCUGUGUCCAUCUUACUAGGAUCAGAAGAAUAUUUUCGGGCAAGAACUCGUGUGAGAGGAUUUCAAAUGACCGGGAAUCACUCAAAAAUGCCUCGAGGAAUAGCUUACAAUGAACAAAGAUGCAUUUGCAGAACCAGUGCAUCUCAAGUUCUGAACAACAUAAAAUGGAUUAGAACAUCACAGCUCGGCCUUUCUCAGCAGCCGGCAGCCAUGGUGAACGUUCCCAAGACAAAGAAGACUUUCUGCAAAUCAAAACAGUGCAAGAAGCACACAUUGCACAAGGUGACUCAGUACAAGAAGGGCAAAGAUAGCUUGGCAGCUCAGGGUAAGCGCCGUUAUGAUCGCAAGCAGUCGGGUUAUGGUGGACAGACAAAACCCGUUUUUCACAAGAAGGCAAAAACAACUAAGAAGAUUGUGCUGAGAUUGCAAUGCCAAGGUUGCAAGCAUGUUUCACAGCAUCCUAUCAAGAGGUGCAAGCAUUUCGAGAUUGGUGGAGAUAAGAAGGGCAAGGGAACUUCUCUUUUCUAA